UCGGCUCCACUGACGGGCCAGUAAUUAUGACUACGAUCAUCCACUUCCCGUAGAAUGUAUUAAGACCGUUCUUGUCUCGACAGUUAUCACUGAACAUUGAUAAUCGAAACCUCACCUCCUUGUAAUUACCCCCAACAAUUACUCGUUUAACACAAGACUAAUAUCCCACUUCAGAGGCUUUCCCUCUUCAACCCAACCCUUUCCCCUCCGUCCGGCCCCAUCCCAAACAUGGCGCUACAAGGCAAGCUCAGCCACCCGAAGCGGUUCAUCACCACGCACAACGACCAGGGUCAAGCCAUUAUAGACUCUACCAUCCCAGCCGAGGUACCCUUCGACGAACUCCCCAACAAGACGGCCGCCUUCGCGCAGUGCUACAUCACCAAGGGCUUCCCGACGCAGCUGUCGGACGGGGCCGACAUCAACGUCUACCAGCAGUACCUGGCCGACUCCCCGGGGCUGACCGUCUCGGACGGCACCGUGCUGCGAUACGUCGACAUGCCGCCAGGCCAGCUCUCGCCGAUGCACCGCACCAUCAGCCUAGACUACGGCGUCGUGAUAGAGGGCGAGGUCGAGCUGGUCCUCGACUCAGGAGAGACGAGGUUGUUGAGGCGUGGGGAUGUGUGCGUCCAGAGGGCGACGAUACACGCUUGGAGGAACGUCAGCGAGACGGGCUGGGCUAGGAUGCUGUAUAUCCUGCAGCCGGCGCAGCCGCUCAAGGCCGGUGGGAAGGAGCUGAAGGAGGAUUAUGGGGAUAUGCAGGGGGUGAGGGCGUCGUCUUAG